AUGGUUGAGAAAGCUCAAUUAUUGAUCCCUUAUGCAAUAGGGAGGCAUGAGUUCCAUGUGUUAGAUGGUGAGUUAAAUGGUGAAGUCGACCUCCUGAAUAAGACAUGCACAUGUGGUCUGUUUCAGCUCAUUGGCAUUCCUUGUGUUCAUGCACUUUCUAGAUCCCUUAAAAGAGGGGUCACCUUUUAUUUUCUGUGUUCAGAUUACCAUAAAUUUGAGACAUGGAUGUCCUCUUAUACAAAAACUAUAUACCCUUGUGGUAAUGCGGAAGAGUGGAUUGUUCCACAUGACAUCAAGACAAUGAAAGUGAGAACACCUGCACACAAAUAUCUUGUUGGUCGUCCAAAGAAGAAACAAGGUAGGCCAAAGAAGAAUCGUCUUCCUUCUAAUGGAGAAAAACUGGUUGUAGAAUGCAAAUGCAUCACAUGUGGAGGUCGAGGCCAUAAUAGGGCAACUUGUAAAGUUCGAGUUUGA